AUGCAAGAAGAGAAAAGGCCAGUCCAUACUUCUUCUCUUACUGGCGCUAUGAAGAUUAAGGAAGUUCUAGAAGGGCAUGAAAUUUGGAGCAAAGUUGAGUUUAGGAUGGAGCCAAAUAUUUUCAGAGCGAUAGUUUCAUCUGUUGAUGAACCAGUGCUACAUGUACCACGAGCGGGCAGCGAGAUCAAUGUUGCUGGACCAAGUGUGGGCAGUGAGACUAAUGUUGCUGGACUAACUUUGGAUCGAGAGGCUUGUGAAGUUCAGUCACCACCUUCUGGUACGUCAGUACAUGGAAGCGGGAAAAAGAGGAAGAAAAGUCAAGUUGCAAGUGUUUUGGAUGACUAUUUGGAGCACAAGAAGAACCAAACAGAUAAUAUUGUGGAGGCAUUCCUUGAGAAGAAGACUCGUGGAGAGGAGUCUAUGGAUAGGUGUAUCCACAUAUUUGAAGCUAUGGAGGACUUGACAGAUGAGGAGAAGGCCAUUGCAGGAGAGGUGUUCGAAAAUGAAUUGUAUUGGGAGAUGUUUCUGAAGCUAACAAUUCACAACGUGCGGCUGAUUUGGCUUCGGAGGAAGAUAAGUAGGAUUACAUCUACCUGA